GGAAUUUAUAUGAAUAAAACUAAAAUACCCGAUACAAGCUUAGAGUAAAACAUACAUACAUACAUAUUAAUCAAGAUGUCCUUGGCCGGAAGAGUAGCCUGCAGUUUACACCUCGCCUGGAUAUUUACCACUUCUGAGGUUCCACUCGCUAUGAUACAUACAUAGCCUGGAUCUUACCUAUUCCAUUCCAUAACUCUUGUAUUCUUUUUUGCACAGCCAGCAACCCUGGUCACCUACCGUAAAAUAUAAAAAGAACUUUUUUUCCGUUUAUUGUUCUUCGACACAAAAAAAUCCACAACCUUCCGUCUCAAUAAACCAAUAUUGUUCCUGAAAGUUGUUUUUUUUAUAUUUACUACGGAUCUCUUGAAGCUAACUUUCUUCCUACACCUUGAUCCCUGGAUCUUACAUUAUAUAUAUAUACACAUACCAACAUAUGACACCGUCAGUUUUCUCUCUAUAGAACAUCCCUGGUCUUAUUUUAUCUGACUAUUUUCUGCAUUGUUACUUUGUUCCAAUGAUAACCAUGCCUUAAAUUUUAUUUCACCAAUUUCUCUCUCUCUCUCUCUCUCUAUAUAUAUAUAUAUAUAUAUAUAUAUAUAUAUAUUUCUGAGAUGUACUUUCCUGUAGAAUUGUCUGAACUAAGACCAAACUGUUUGUUGUUAGAAACUAAAACCAUUCCUUCUAAAACACGCCAAAGCUGUUAACUUCCCUAGAGCAUUUUUUAGUUGGUGCCAAAAUUUUCAUUAUACCAACACGACCUGGUCCCUUACACAUACCAGCAUAUAUAAAUUCAUAAUAUUUAUAUAUGUUUUGUGGGUGCAUGUGUAAACUUAAAUACGUAAAAUACCCUUGAUGUGUAGAGAUGUGGCACAAUAGAUAUAGUCGCCUGCUUUUUGUUUGCAAUAUAUAUAUAGUGACAGUGAAUCAAUAAUCAGUCCAAUCGAUAUCUGUUAACAUCGACUGAAUGACUGGACAGAAAUCACACAAUCCAGACAUGAACACAAAACAUGGAAGCUUGGUUGUCUUUGAGAAUUGCUCCAGUAAAAUUCCUAUGUGCCACUCUUGUCGAUACAGAUUUGUCCACGGCUGAAAGAUCAACGAAAAAUGAAGUAGAACCAGAAAAAACUAACUUGAGCCAUUUGUGCCUGAAAUAUGAAGCUCGUUGCAUGCCAGACGGGAUUCGAUCGUUUCUCCCCAAAAGCCCUAUCAUUAAGAAAGUUGAUCAGCGCCUGUUGGUGGGACGCAGUAAGAAUGCAGACGUUUUCCUCAACGACCAAUGCAUGUCGAGGAAUUACAUUGAAAUAUGGGCGGCAAGCAACGACUCCCAAACAUACUUUUUGAAGAACGUUAGCCAAAGUAAGUCUGUUCAAAUAGACGGCAUUUCGCUUCGGUAUGGAGAACUUGGAGUACUCAGGGAUAAAUGCGAAUUAGUCCUUGACUACAUUACUUUCGCUGUCAGCGUGAAACCAGGAGAUGAAGAUGGUGAGUAUUAUAUACUGAGUACGGAGUGCUGUGAUGACAUCGGUAACAGACACGAUAUUUAUACGAUUCGGGGAGAUUUACUCCCAACUCAAGAGCUGUUCACCGGUUUCACAUUGAUCCCAGGUUAUCCAAUCUCUUGUAAAAGUGGUAUGUCGUUUAAAUUGGUAAACGGAAAGAACCCUAUGUCUACCAGCCAGAACGGUCAGAUUCUUGGCCAAUUCCCGUCCAUUUCUCCGAAAUCUUCAUUCGUUCCAAACAACACGGUUAGUGUUGGCUCAUUGACUUCGCGAGUUGAGUCUAGUCAAGUUUACAACUUUACCGCCCCGAUUCUGUCUGCGUCGAGUCCAGAGGAACUUUAUCAUAUUCGUCAUCCUGAAGAACAUUCUAUGUCUCAGGAAAAAGUUAAGCGUUUUCCUUCUGAAGGAUUAGAUAUUCCAAUGAACAAAGGCAAAGGACAAAUUGAUUAUUACAAAAAUACUGAACAUUAUUAAAAAAAAACACAUUUUAAAUGAAUUUUUAACAAAAAGUUUAUUUCAGUUCUUAUUCUGUUCUCUCUCUCUCUCUCUCUCUCUCUCUCUCUCUCUCUCUCUCUCUCUCUCUCUCUCUCUCUCUCUCUCUCUCUCUCUCUCUCUCUCUCUCUUUCUCGUCUUCUUUUUAUUUCUCUUUUCCUGUUUAUAAAUAAAAAAGAAACAAUCUAUAUACCUAUUUAUCUAUUUAGCCACCUAACUACAUAUUAAUCGAUAUAUCAAACUAUCUACCACAAUUUCAUAUUUGUAAAUUUCUUUCUUUCAAUUUGUAUAUCUUCUCUUAUCGCUCUGUAUAUAUAUCGAUCUAUUUAUCUAUUGAUCCUGUAAAAUUUUGAAGAGUUUGGGUUCUAAAAUAAAAUCAACUUUCUGAAGAUU